CUGGACAAUAAAAUCCGGGAUCUGAUAGAGAGAAAUGCUUCUCUUGAUCCAAAAGGGGUCCCCCCAGAGGCCACGCUGAGUCACAGGAAUGCAUGUCCUCCAAAGAUGUUCGUCUGUGGUACUUUGUUUAAGCAAAUAAAAUUCAAGACUCAGCUUGAGCUAAGAAUUCUGUGGACCACCAUCUAGAAACACAUGAUAAGGGCCCCCUGAACUCUUCUGCUCCCUGAUGGUUCUAGGGUCGUCUGCCAUGACCACCUACUUAGUGGUCACCAGAGACUGUAAUGAGGGUGGAGUCGAGAGCACACCUGGCAUAAAGAGUUUUUACCUACCAGUAACUUCAGCUCUCCUUUCUCAGACUCCCAGGAAAACAGCUUCCGUAGCACAUUCUGCCCAGGGCACAGCUGGAAUGAGCACUGUGGACAGUUCCGCGGACCAAGCAGAGAGUGCUCAAUCCUCAAGAAGAAAGAAUUUGACAGAUCCUCUUGAACAAAAGAUAAGGUGCUUAGAGAAACAGAGAAAAGAGCUCCUACAAGUCAAUCAGCAGUGGGACCAGCAGUUUAGAAGCAUGAAGGAGGUGUAUGAAAGAAAGGUGGCGGAGCUGAGGACCCGGCUGCGCGCGGCCGAGGGCGCCCUGGGCGAGCUGGAGUGCGAGCGGCGGAGCCAGAGCGCGGGUGGCGCCGCCCGGGGCCCGCGGCGGGAAGAGGAAAGGGAAACCCUAAACGAAGAAUUACAGGAACUGAAGAAAGAGAAUAAGCUUUUGAAGGAAAAAAAUGCUCUCGCGAUGAAGAAGAAAGAGCACUAUGAAUGUGAAAUACAACGCCUUAACAAGGCUCUUCAGGACGUCUUGAAAAUCGAGGGUGCUUCGUCUCCUGGGGACCGGCGGGGGAUGUGCCCUGUGGAGUGCGGCCACGCGGCCACGAGAACGGAAGUGGAAGUUCUCAAGCAGCAGGUACAAAUAUAUGAAGAAGACUUCAGAAAGGAGCGAUCGGAUCGGGAAAGGCUCAGUCGGGAGAAAGAAGAGCUGCGGCGGGCUCAUCAAGCUUCCCGGGCCCAGCUGACCAGGCUGAGUUCCCAGAUCAAAGUUUGUCAGAUGGAGAAAGAAAAACUAGAAAAACAACUAAAACAGAUACAUUUCCAGGCCUGCACCUGUGGCUUGGCUUUCCACCUGCGGGACCCAGGGGUGCCAGCAGGCCCACGCACCACGCAGGACCAGUGGGAACAUCCACCGGGCCCUCCAAGGUGUGCUGUGGACCUGCUUCCGCCAGACGGGCAGCACAAGGACAACGGUCUCUCCUCAGAAAAGAAGCCCCCCCAGUAGGAGCAGUCCCCUGCAGAGCACUGGAGCAGAGGGGACCCGGCCAGGGCGCUGGUUUGUGUCUUCUCCACUCCUGCUGCCCAUCAGCUCCGUCACUCAGCCGGGUCCUGCUCCCACGGGCUCAGACAGAGGAAAAGUUUCUGGCCACCGAGAUCCUGAUGUGCUGGAGGGGCCAGUUUCUGAACAGCCCGAUCCAGUUCCUCCAAAGGACAGCUGGAGCCGGCUGAGGUGCUGCUCCUUGAAGUGUCCGUCUGCACAUGGCUGGGGCUUACAAAGACGACCAGCGUGUGGAUACCCGCGCUCCUGGGAGGGGCUGGUGGCUGUGCCUCCACACUGUCCGUGUUUACCCAGGACCUUAGUUCUUCAGCCAUGUGGUCAGAUACUGUGCUCUGCAGCGCUGGCCUGAGAGACCUGGAAAUUGGGUUGAGGAGGUGCACAUACUUCUUUCAGUUGGGCAAGCGUUUCAGGCUGAAUAAAAUGGCAAUCUUAAAACUA